AUGCCGCGACGUGGAGGCAUUCGAAGCUAUCACCACAAGUCUAGAAAUGGAUGCACUAAUUGUAAACGAAGGAGGGUAAAGUGUAGCAUGCAAGCACCCGUCUGUGCCAACUGUCAUCGACGUAAUGAGAAAUGCGAAUAUGCCUCUUUCGGCGACAGUUCGAAGAAUGCCUGGUCGAGUUCAAGCAUCAACCAUACAGACGUGAACUCGCUUCCGGUUAGGACCUUCGAAAAUGCCUACGUUCCUUUUAACUGGUUCCCUCCAGCGGCAUCUGAGUACCCUUUCCUCGAGUCUGAGAAACCCGCAUUGUCAAGUGGAUCGGGAGUGUUUUUGCUGAGGGCUUGCUUAGAGAAUAUGCUGUGCGCCUCAUGGUUCACUCCAGGCGAGAUAUCCCUCUGGAAUGCGAUAAUUUCAGAGCAAGCCGAGCAAUUCGGAUAUGUGCAACAUUGCGUCUUCGCCCUGUCGUCUCUGAAUCUCCAGAUCUUCCGCCCCUCCACAAGUAAUCAGGCUGCGAUAUCGGCUUUUCGGCAUCGUAUCACCGCGUCGAGCCUCUUCCGACAAUCCAGUCCGGUUGUGGACGAGCGUAACUGGACGGCCGUCCUUACUUUUACAAUAUCAAUGAUAAUCUUCCAGUUCGCAGCUCAGCUAGUGUGCACUGACAUCGAAUUGGACUAUCUGGAGACUCUUCGAAUGCUUCGUAGCUCCUUGGUCAUCCACGAGUUUAUCCAACCGCACCUCUUGAAAAGCAAAUUCUUGCCAUUUCUCCUUAAGCGAUACCAGAAAACAUCACCGGCAGUAGAAGAGGAGGUAUUAAUGCAUCUCCGGCAUCUAGGGAGGAUAGUUUGGGGCUCCAAUACCCCUAGUGACACGGCCCGACUCAAUCAACAAGCUUUCAGUGCUCUGGAGGCAUGGGCGGUGGCAUGCAACGGAAGCCCCCAAACUUGGCCGCAUUAUCUGAUAUGGCCUGCCACGAUACCACAAGAGUAUAUGGAUUGACUAGGUGCCGGGGAGGAAAUUUCCCUCCUUAUCUUCAUAUACUGGUGCACGAUCAUGCAUAUCUGUCAGCGGAAAUGGUUCAUCGAAGGGUGGUCGAGGCGCGCCUCGUUAACGGCGAUUUUGAAGAUAAAGAGUGAGUGGUCUGAUAUGUUGGCGUGGCCUUUGAGCAUGUUGGCCAGGCCUCUUUCUUCUCUACUUCCGGCUCCUUCGUCCCCACUUCCGAUACAGAGCCUCCCAGACGAGAAAAGUGCUGAAUCCAGGCGCCUGCUAGAGUAGGUCGAUAUCUUAAGCGUCGAAGAUAAAUCCAGAUUCAUGGCUGUGCUGCGCAAGGUGUUUGCGUCUGAAUGUAGGGUGCGUCAUUUGUCAGCUUAAACUAUGACGGAUGAACAAGGGUCGUAAUCGGCUUGUCGGCACUGCAGAAUGC